AGCUACGGUUGCUCUUUAAUUAUUUGGAAUAGUGCGUAAUCCGCCCUUAAUUACUCCACUCGAUUACAAACUAUUCCUUGGACCCCAAUGACAAAAUCCAUUCAUUCAUCUCGAAUCAUUCGAUUCUCCCGACAGACAUCUUUUAUCGAAGUACAGUCGAUCACUUCCUGUUCUAUUGCAAGUUUUGAACACUUGCAUAUUAUGAGGAUAUCCGUUCUGGAGGAAAAUGUACAAAGUCGCUAUUGUCAAUGCGAUUGGAGACGUGACAUCGACAGCUGACGCACCACAAUUGAUUGAAUACCGGGGGACACGAGGUAUCAUGGAUAAUCUUGCUCAACAAGCUGAUGAGAUAGAGGCACUUGUGGCUAUCUACGGAGAUGAACUCGUCAUCGAGGACGAGGAGAACCGCGCGUAUAGCAUCAACAUCGGGGAGGGCGGUUGUAAUGUUAAACUUUAUCUGAAGUUGCCUAUUGAUUAUCCAUCGUCUGUGCCACCUGUCUAUGAAGUAUCUGCACCACAUUUGAGGCAAGAGCAGAAGAGCCGGAUAUGUCGGAUACUGGACGAGGUAUACUUGGAUUACGUAGGUCAAAAUGUUAUCUACCAGUGGGUGGAGAGAAUACGUGAAGAAUUGCAGAAUUUAAAUAACCAAAAAGAGGGCGAAUCUCAUGAAGAUGUUGAAGAAUGUAAAGAGGAGAAUGAUCUCGACACAAACUUGACACCUGCUCCUGUGGAAGAAACAUGUCCUGAAAUUUAUCAUGGUGAGGUUGUUGUUGACAGAAAGAGCUUCUUCCAGGGACAUACUGCUAGAGUAACAUCAGUUGCUCAAAUAAAAUUAGUUCUCAAGAAACUCAUGGAAAAUAGGAAGGUGGAACAAGCAACACACAACAUGUACGCCUACAGACUCCAGCAGGAGAAAACAACCAACUACCUCCAAGACUGUGAGGAUGACGGUGAGAACCAGGCUGGGGGUAGACUGCUUCACCUUCUGCAAAUUCUUGAUGCCAAAGACGUUCUAGUGGUAGUGUCACGAUGGUACGGAGGAAUCCACCUCGGGCCAGAUCGUUUCCGACACAUCAACAAUGCAGCACGCCUAGUCCUAGAGGCUGCAGGUAUCAUCAAUCGAAGUAAAAAUAAAAAAUGAUAAAUAAUGUACAUUAAUCGUGUAAAUAACAGACGAUUUAUAACAA